GCGCCCCGUCGGGAUGCUCAGCGGCCCCGCCGCCCGUCCCUGCCGCCCGCCGCGCCGCCCGGGGGGCACGCCGCUGCCGGAGAGUUGAGUUAGGAAGUCAUGGUGCCCUGGGAGCCCUCCCCGCCCCGGCAGUGCGGCGGCGGCGGCUGGACGCUCUGCGACUGCUGCUGCUGGCUGCUGCUGCCCGCCGUGCUGCUCGUCCUCGCCCGCCCCGACAAGCUGGCGGCCUUCCCUACCUCCUUAAGCGACUGUCAGACGCCCACCGGCUGGAACUGCUCCGGUUACGAUGACAGAGAAAAUGAUCUCUUUCUCUGCGACACCAAUACCUGUAAAUUUGAUGGGGAGUGUUUAAGGAUUGGAGACAGUGUGACUUGUGUCUGUCAGUUCAAGUGCAACAAUGACUACGUGCCCGUGUGUGGCUCCAAUGGUGACACCUACCAGAACGAGUGCUACUUGAAACAGGCUGCCUGCAAGCAGCAGAGUGAAAUCCUGCUGGUGUCCGAGGGAUCCUGUGCCACUGAUGCUGGCUCAGGAUCUGGGGACGGAGUCAAUGAAGGCUCAGGUGAAACCAAUCAAAAAGAGACAUCGACCUGUGACAUUUGCCAGUUUGGGGCAGAGUGUGAUGAAGAUGCAGAGGAUGUUUGGUGUGUGUGCAACAUUGACUGUUCUCAAACCAACUUCAAUCCUCUUUGUGCUUCCGAUGGGAAAUCUUAUGAUAAUGCAUGUCAAAUCAAAGAGGCAUCAUGCCAGAAACAGGAGAAAAUUGAAGUCAUGUCUUUGGGUCGAUGUCAAGACAAUACUACAACAACUACAAAAUCAGAAGAUGGGCAUUAUGCGAGGACAGAUUAUGCAGAGAAUGCAAAUAAACUGGAAGAAAGUGCAAGAGGGAUCUACAUCCCUUGUCCAGAGCAUUACAACGGCUUCUGCAUGCAUGGCAAGUGUGAGCACUCCACAAACAUGCUGGAACCGUCGUGCAGAUGUGACGCCGGCUAUACUGGACAACACUGUGAAAAAAAGGACUACAGCGUUUUAUAUGUGGUUCCAGGUCCAGUACGAUUUCAGUAUGUCUUAAUAGCAGCUGUGAUUGGAACCAUCCAGAUUGCCAUCAUCUGUGUUGUAGUCCUUUGUAUUACAAGGAAAUGUCCCAGGAGCAACAGAAUCCACAGACAGAAGCAAAACACAGGGCACUACAGUUCAGACAACACAACAAGAGCAUCGACAAGUUCUAGUGGCAAUUUUGAGUCUACUGAACUCAGUAGUAGGGUUUUGAGUUGGUCCAAGAUCAGCGACAAUUAUGGAUGUGGGAAAGGUGAAGAAUAAUUUAACCUACAUUGAGGAGGGAUAAAAUAUUUCAGAUCCGGAGUCAACUACAUUUCAUCAGCCGCCUUCUCCCAUGCCAUCUAUCUUUACUCUCCCAUAGCUUAGGAAGUCUUUGCCUUCUAAAUUAAAUCCUAACCGAAGGGGAAAUGGAAAUUCUCAGUAACCGCAAUGAGAGUGUCGGGGGUAACGUUUCCAUUUGGGAUGGAAUUAGGUGUCUGUCAAGGUGAACCCUACGAGAACACUUGGCAGCAUCUCCAACUCUGGUCACUGGAGUGAGUGAAAAUUGCUUCUCACUCUUGAUUGAAAAUUAUUAGGUUAAAAAAGUUAAUAACAUAAUAACAGCUGAAAUGCCAGUCCCAUUUGCACCUCGUGAACAUGCUGAUAUAAUUUAUUUUUUCAAAGAGAAGGUGAAAAACACUCAGAAAAUACCUUAUGAAUAACUUUAUGGGUGACCCUACUCCAUUAAAUGUAAUGAACCCAAAUGUUGGCUAUACCUCAGGAAAAUAAGGGCAUGUGUUUUGUCACAUCCACAUGAUGGACAAGAUGCAGAGUUAGUUCUGUGAUAGCUGAAACUCUCCAAAGCACAUCCUUUCCAGAAGGUAAUUCUGCUCUAGUUUGUGCUGUGAAUUUUGAGGACAGCAGAGUGUGACUGCAGGGCAGAGUGGGGUAACAUCACUGCUGCUGGAUAACAUCCUCUGCACUGAGUGCCCGGGCUCCAGCCCUUGUAACAGCAGUCACUGUGCUGCUCCUCUCCAAAGAGACCUUGCCCAGGCAGAGCGUGCCCAAGACAAGAGUUAGGAGGAUUUCUCAUUGUCAUCACCAUGUCAGAGUCAGACCUGGGGUUACCUGGGAUGAUGUCUCAUGAGUGUGUUUCCAUUUCCUGCUUCAGCAUCCAUCUGGUCACUCACAGCAGUCACCACCAACCCCACCAGUGACAGCCCACCCGGCCUGGCCCUCAGACACGGGUGCAGAGAUUCUUCUACUCUAACACGACUUUUGGUCUCCCCUUCCCUACCCCAGCCUGCUUUAAAGUGAAUCCAUUGCAUGAUGUUCACACGGUCUCAGUUUUUGUCUUGUUCUGGGUUUCUUGGCUUUUUAAAGGUAAUAAAAGGUGAUUGGCAAGAGAUGCUUCCA